AUGAUGGAUAGUCUGGCCAUUCAAACCCACGAGGGUUAUUACGACCAAAUCGAGCACAAGUUCUCCCGAUUGAACAACUGCACAACCAAGCAUCCCAUGCGAAAUCCAUCUUACGGUCUUGGGGCCGACCUACGACUUGUCACCCCAUCCACCUUUAAUUCCUCUUCGAUGCCAUCCACCCCAGCAACACCGAAUUUUCUUCCAUUUCAGAAUUUCUCAUUUCUCGCCGGUGUUGCCUCGCAGACAACGGGUUUAACCAAUCGACCAAGGACCCUUAAAUUUGCUCCCAAGAGUGGCGGUGUGGGUACUCGUCUCACGGUUCACAUUUACAUCGAACUUCCUGGCUCGAAUUACAUUCUCAGCAUGGCAUUUGGCGACAUGAUGGUCGAAACACAGCAGGUCGCCAUGCCAGAAUCCUGUUACGAACUCGUCGCCAUUGUGCCGAGUCAGGAGGAUAUCAAGAGCGCCAGCAGGGCCAGGGUUCCAGUGAACGUGAUGAUUUGCAAUGAAUUUAGCAUUCCAAUCGAUAAAUGGCAUCUUGGAGAUUUUGUCUUUAAAGGCAGAAAAUCCCCGCACAAACGUCUCAACAAGUCUAGUAACGAUCUGAACAUCGACGGUCAUAAAAAUCACGUGAAUAAAGCUCCAUGCAGACACUCUCCAUCGAAGAGUGGAUUGUACCAUCCGUAUGCAAUUGAUGGUGAACCAACUUCGCCUCUCUCAAAGGUGCCCUCAUCGUUGAACAAAAAUAAUACUGAAGCUUGCGCCAUCCAAUCAUCUCAACAAUUUAACUCGUAUUCUUACAAUGACCCUGUCCAAGAGGCGCCAACUUUUUCUGUGCAGGAUUAUCAUGAUGUCGACAUGCUAACUCCCAUGCAAAGCGACACCACAGCAUCGAUAUAUUCUUCGGCUUGUUCAACUCCUUCCUCAACGACAGAUUCGGAUGACUCCCGAUUCGGUCGCAGCCCAAAAUUUUCCAAGGACGAUACCCAAAUUUCCGUUUAUGACUCGUCCAACACAGCAAUGCCCACGUCUUGGGCCAACGAAUCCAACACCGUAGAAAACCUACCUACUCAAACUGCCGUCAAAUCAACGGAACAUAUGAUGACAACUAUUUCCGGAAUUCCUCCAGGUCUUUCCCCGUUAUUCCCUCCUUCGCUAUACCCUUACCUUUAUUAUCCGGUCAUCCCAUCGAUCACGCUCAAGGAUUGUCCGGUGGUCCCUUCAUCCGGAAGGCUGGCUCCGCCCAGGGGUUCUAACCUUGAUAAUGACUGUAAAACCCAACUUCAUGAACUGCUCAAUAGAGUCAAGCUCAAUGUCGACGGGGAUAUACAAACGAUGGCGCGAAAUUGGUCCGAAAAGGAUUUCAAAAAUCGCCGAAGAUUGGUUCAGUUCAUGAGGCGCGUGGAAGGUGACGAAAUAAACGUCUCGUUUAAAGCGGUGAAUCCCGAUGAACGACCACGAUACGGCAUAUUCGUCUCUUGCAUUUGGUGGGAAGCCAAGGACGACUAUUAUAUCACAUCGGUCGACUGCAUCUACCUUUUGGAAUGCUUGACGGGGAUAAGGUUGACCCAGGAUGAAAAGAAUCGUAUUCGAAGGAAUCUUGAAAUCUUCAAGCCACUGACGGUGGGCAAGAACAAACGAGACAGCGAAGACCUAUUUCGCGUGAUCAUGAGCUUUCCGAAUCCUAAACCGAGGAACAUCGAAAAGGAUGUCAAAGUGUUUCCUUGGUCGUGUGUAAUGUUGGCGUUGAAUAAGAUUUUGAGAAAGUACAUGAGUGCCGGAGGCAACGGUCAGUGCUACAAUGGUGGCAAUCAACUUGCAGAAAGCGAAAAUAAAUUCAACAUUUCUUCUUUACGAAGUAAUGAAGCCGCGGAAAGUGUUGAACAAACGUUCGGUGGAUGCACACCCUUGAAUAAUAACUCAUUUCUUGGAGUCGGGUUUCACCUCCGAGAAAAUGGUCUCGCCAUUGGAUGUCGUCACUAG